AUGUCAGUGCGAUACCACGACGAAACACAAGAGAUUAUCGAGUGGUACAAAAAUGAAUGCCCUGUGGAUGGGGAAGAAUUGAAUGAUGAUAUUGAUAAUGAUGAACACGUCCCGGUACGACAUUCCGAGGAUAGCACAGCCAUUGAUUCCAUCAGUGGCUUCAACCAUGGUGAACGUGGCUUGGAUCAGAACCUCAGCGAUGAUGGUUAUUCAACACCAGAAUAUCAGCAGUACUGUUUGAGUGUGUCCGAGCAGCAAUCGACUGGCUACUCGUACAAUUCCUCAAUCGAGGCUGCAGCCUACAAGUUCACUGAAAGAGAAGCAUACUUGAUGCGCAAUUUUAUUGAGAAUAUGGCGCAAUGGGUGAGUGAGCCCACUUCUGUCUUCCAACUGGCGUAUAUAUUGAACAAGGAGAUACCUGCCUCCCAGGCCGACGUCGCUGAUCUUGAGAGACACUUCGAGAUCGAGGCCCCACGGAGGGCCCUUCGUCAACCAGUUCUGCGCCUUGCCAUACUUGCAUUUUCUUCACGACAUGUGAGCCGAUUCUCGGGCUAUGACGAAACUGAGGCUCUUCAAUAUCACACGCAAUGUUUGCAGCUCCUCAUUCCGGUUCUUUCGGCACCAGACACCGAAGUAUCGGAGGAUGUUCUCGCGGCUAUCGCUAUUCUGCGGCAGUAUGAGGAAAUGGAUGAUUACGACAAGCGAUGCCACCUCCUGGGGACGACACGGAUUUUGAACUCAGUCGUCCACUUUGGCUCUUCCGGCGGUCUAGGAGAGGCUGCGGCAUGGUUGUGUCUUCGUGAAGACAUCUACGCAUCUCUGGUCUCGCAGCAGCCCCUGAGGACCAGACUGGAGACCUACCUCCGUUCGAGCACAUUUCAGAGAAACGAUGACGUGUCCUGGGCGAACCGGAUGGUUUUCCUUCUGGCCAAGGUGUUGAGUUGUGCUUUUCAGGAGCGACAGCAGCACACUCCUUUGGACGGCGGCCGGUCAUGGAGUGAGAGCUUGCAGCAGGUAGACCAGGAAGUGGAAGAUUGGAAACGGAAAAGGCCGUCGACGUUCGAGCCUAUUCUAUUCAAACCGCCCUGCAGUGGCACAGAAGAGGAACAGUAUCGAGGCGGUCUUCCAGAAGUCUGGAUGCUAGCGCCGUUCCAUGCGAUCGGUUUACAAUACUACCAUAUCGCCAAGAUGGUUAUUCUCGCGACGUCGGUGUCUCCUCAUCAUCUGGCGUCGGACAUGAGAUCCGGAUAUGACUGUUUCCAGCAUGUAAGAAGGACAGAGAAGUCGAUCCGCGAGCAUCUCCUGAUCGUCCUGGGUAUAGCCGUAUCGAAUCAAAAAACCGCAGAGAAUACGCUUUUCACUGCUCGCCAUGCUCUCUCUGUUUGGGGUGGCUGUCUACGCGAUAAACGGACCCAAGACGCCGCGAUUGCGUUUUUGAUAAACAUGGAAAAGACGACGGGGUGGAAGAGCGAGCCGCUAAUACAGUCCUUGAAGGCUCAAUGGGAGGAGGACAGAUCUGUCAGUGUCACAAGCCUACAGCCGUAA